GGCGUCCCCCUGGUUACUCUCCCUGCGCUGCGCUGGUAAGCUCGUGUUUUGGCUCGCCGCCAUGGCCCGUACUAAGCAGACGGCCCGCAAGUCGACCGGGGGCAAGGCCCCGCGGAAGCAGCUGGCCACCAAGGCGGCCCGCAAGAGCGCGCCGGCCACCGGCGGCGUGAAGAAGCCCCACCGCUACCGGCCGGGCACCGUGGCCCUGCGGGAGAUCCGGCGCUACCAGAAGUCGACCGAGCUGCUGAUCCGCAAGCUGCCCUUCCAGCGCCUGGUGCGCGAGAUCGCGCAGGACUUCAAGACCGACCUGCGCUUCCAGAGCUCGGCCGUGAUGGCGCUGCAGGAGGCGAGCGAGGCCUACCUGGUGGGGCUGUUUGAAGACACCAACCUGUGCGCCAUCCACGCCAAGCGCGUGACCAUCAUGCCCAAAGACAUCCAGCUGGCUCGCCGCAUCCGCGGGGAGCGGGCUCUCGGGGAAGGGAGGAUGUUCGAGCCGGCAGAAGCACUGACUGGGCUCCGGGUGCCCAAGUGGGUUAGAAGCCACGUGUCCGGGCAAGGCGUCUCCACGGCGGCCCAGAACCGUAGUCUGUUCCAGGGAGGGGCGGGGGGGGGGGCGCGAGAGGACGGGUUGAGGCCGGGCGGGGUCACUAGGGGACGCUCAGGAUUCGCGCUCCAAGGAGCGCAGGGGCCUGGCCUUUUACGCAGCUGGGAGCCGCGCGAGUAUGGGUGCGUCAUCACUCCCCCCACACCCACACCCACACUCCCACCCCGACCCGAUAUUAUGGCGCGUACUAAGCAGACGGCCCGCAAGUCGACCGGGGGCAAGGCCCCGCGGAAGCAGCUGGCCACCAAGGCGGCCCGCAAGAGCGCGCCGGCCACCGGCGGCGUGAAGAAGCCCCACCGCUACCGGCCGGGCACCGUGGCCCUGCGGGAGAUCCGGCGCUACCAGAAGUCGACCGAGCUGCUGAUCCGCAAGCUGCCCUUCCAGCGCCUGGUGCGCGAGAUCGCGCAGGACUUCAAGACCGACCUGCGCUUCCAGAGCUCGGCCGUGAUGGCGCUGCAGGAGGCGAGCGAGGCCUACCUGGUGGGGCUGUUUGAAGACACCAACCUGUGCGCCAUCCACGCCAAGCGCGUGACCAUCAUGCCCAAAGACAUCCAGCUGGCCCGCCGCAUCCGCGGGGAGCGGGCUUAAGGCAUUUUUUUUUUUACGUAGACGAUCUUAAAGGCUCUUUUCAGAGCCACUCACCUUUUCAAAAGGAGCAGUUGUACCAUCUCUCAGCCAUGUCGGUGGGCUCGUUAUGCACAGGUGUUAAGGGUAAAGGGGAUCAAGUAAUCUUGUAUGUGUUGGUGAGGUUACAGAAUUAAGGCCGACAGACGCCAGAGGGAGCAUCAGGCAAAAUCUAGGUCGUCAUGGCCAAGUGCUGCCGUGAUUUCUGAAGUCCAGAGGGCUAAGCUUGCUACUUACGUGGGAAAACUGCAAGAGGAUAGUCUGUUCUACGCAGUUUUUGCUUUAUUUUUUUGGAGUGCCUUUCAAGCUGGUUAGUGUGAAAUAGAACAUUUUGAUUGGUUAAAAUGUUAGCACAAGUCUGAAUACAGAAAUUGACAGUAGAAGGCCGGUAUUAUAACUGGGGGGAUCUGGGAUCUGGGUUUUCAGAUCGACAGCAGUUCUAGGUCUAGGCUGGAUGUCAAACACACACCCGGUAGUUUCCUGGCGUUUCAACUGAUAAAAAAGGGCAAGAGACAGUGCUGAGCCCCGAGGUGUCUUCCUCACUGCGUUAAGACAGGAGGCGCAAAAGGUAAAAAUAAAUAUUUAAGUAAGUGGGCUGAGGUUUGGUUGCAAAAAUCAAAAUCAGACUUCCACAAGUGGUAUAGCGGAGUAAUACGAUGCAAAAAUAAAAUUUAACUUUCCCUUAGCUGGCGCUUCAGAUCUCUACGUAUACAAGUCAACCAGUAAAAGUUAAAAUCAACAAAACAGGUGAAACUACACUUUACAUAAUUUACUGGUUAGUGUGAAAUAGAACAUUUUGAUUGGUUAACAAGACUUUUGUUCUAA